GUCCUGAAGCCAGUCCACCAAAGUUCUCCAACGGAAAAAGCUGCACAUCUCUGGAUGAACCAGUGGAAAAGUUUUACAACUUUUUCCACUUAAGGAAAAUUACGAAAGCUUUCCCUUUUUCGUAAAUCAGAAAUUUCAACACCGGUUCAAGGUUUUGCUUUUAGAUUUCACCAAGUUGCACUUGGUGUGAACAAAAUGUGCAAUUGACUAAUUGGUGCAAACUGUGAGGUGUUAGUCGAGGAACAGAUGCUAGCUCUUCGUUGAAAUUCUUCAGAGAGUGAAGAUUUUUUUUCUUACUGAAAAGAGUGUUUAAGAGAUCAAAGAAUAAAAUGAAAACCGAAACAGUUUCGUCGAAGUUUUUGUGGAAGAUGUUUUGUUUAAACAGAAUGAAAACACUGAUUCUUUUCUUCGGGAUGUUGCAUGUUGGUUUCGGAGUUAGAGGCCGUGGAAGGAUGCAUGCUUCUAAAGGAUGCGAGUUUCCUGAAAGAUGGACUGGGACGUGGUUUCAGAAAGGCGUCCAUCCGCCUAUCAAGAUACAGAAAGAUAUAUUUUCAUUCAAAGGGAAAUGCUUAGCAGCAGAUAGUCACAUGUUUUACAUUGAAGACACGAAAGAAAAAUGCUUCAGAUGCGUGGUCAUUUACGAGAAGCAUCCAAAUGUACUGCAAUACAGAGAAACCUACUGUGACGUGUACAGAUCUCUUAGUCAAGCCUGUUCAAUUCUGAAUGCUGAUGCACCACUUUAUUCAUUAUUUCGGGUUGAUGCAAAUCCUGUAUCCUGUGAGUUGCGUGGGCCUUUUACAUUUACAUACAGCAGGGGGCACGGUGAAUGCCAGUAUCCCCUCUCCACAAUAGAUUCGUGCACGGAUGAUUCCCACCUGCUCUUCAGAUUUCAGGCCUGUGCAGAUGUUCUUGGGACUGAAAGUAGUGUUGAAGAACUCACGUGCACUGCAGUGUGGAAAGAAGGGUCAGCGCAUUACUUAGUUGGAAAAAUAACGAACAGAAAGAGUUACAAGCAAUCCUUUACUGACGAAAAUGCAUACAGAUGCUUUGUAUUUGAUUACCUCACGGACAAAGGAGUGAUUCAGAUGUCACAGUCAGCUGACGCGACCUGCGAUGGGCUUGUUUCGCCCUGGGAGGGCUCCAGAACAAUGCGAUUGACUAAAAGUAAGCACCCCACCAGUGGUUGCCAAUUUCCAACCUGGGUUACGACAAAACAUAAGUGGCGAACACUUGACGGUCAGACAACGUAUACAUUCGGCGCCAAAAACAAUUCUUUCAAACUGACUCACUCCUAUCAAGACGAAGAGGAAACUAAAUUCAUUUGUAUAGAGCAUGUUUCUAGCACAGCCAAUUCAAGCACUUUGGUAGCAUAUAGUUCAUCUGGCUGUAAAAAUGGAUAUAUAUGCAUGAAAUUUUUCCGGAGACAUAAUCACAUAAUAGAAAUACAAUACGGAGAAUUAGCUAGGAGCACACAAGAAGCCUGUUAUUCGACGUUUUCAACUACAUCUACUCAAGACUUUGUGACUCUAGUUGCUCGAACUGUUCCUGUAUCAGGAUGCCCUCAGCUGGUUGAGACAAAUGAAAUACGCGUUCAGGUUGUGAAAGGUGCCACUUCAUCCUUCAAACCAGAAUUGUGUGGUGACCACAUGGUGAAAAUUGCAGGUUGCAGAUCAUAUGACAGUCUGGAAUUCCUUAUUAGCUGCGCUUCAUACACAGAUGUUAAAAGUUUCGCUUGCCAUGGAUCCUGGGAAGAAGAUGGUCGAAAUUACUUGGUUACAGGAUUAAGGAAUACUGGAUACAAGUAUUGCUUUGUUUACUGGAGCAAAGAUAAGACUGCUCACUUAUCUGGAGUGCACGACACCUGCCGAAGAAAACUGGAAAAAACACCCUUUACUGAAAAUGUGACUUUCAACAUAUCAUCUACAGGGGUGUGCGACAGCUUUCUAAGCCGCCAAUCAGCAUCUCUGCCCUCAUUACCGACUUUGAUCAUAAGUCUUCUGCUCCUCGCCCUUAUCUCCUGUCUGCCGAUUAGGUGACAAUUACCAUGAAGAGUUGGUCAUCAAUGAUUUAUCAGUGCCUGAUAAUAAAUGGAGGAAUCGGACCAAUACAUGUUGAGAAAGUAAAUAAAUGGUGGAUUCUGAGGACCAGUACAUGUUGCUGAGUGCUGCUGAUGGUCAAUACCUAACUCUCUGGUAGAGCAGUGGAGGCCGGUUAGGAAGUGAAGCCGUCCCUUGUGAAAUGCAACCGAUCAUUAUUUACACGUUGUUAUAGUCCUAGAGCAUGAACUAAUGUGUAGUUUUGAUGUUUCCCCUUAUCGGUUUCGGAAAAUAAAGAACUGGUUCAUGUGAAUCAGUUCCAGAACUGGUUCAGAUGAUUCGGUUCAGUGAAACAAAGAUAACAAGCUUUUGGUUCUUUUUUUUCCCACUUUUGCAUUGAUGAAUGGAAGAAGGAUUUGGCACAUGAUUAAUAUGUGAUAGCUGCAACAGGGAAUAUUAAUGUUUUAUUUGUUUUUGUGACGUCUUUCUUGAAAAGAUAUAUAUGAAGAUUCCAAGAAGAAAGUAUGCAAAGAAAUGCUGGAUUUCAUAUUAAGAUAUUUUACUUAUUUUAAGUAAAUUUAUUGUUACUUUUUUCCUGUAAAUUUGUAUUAUUGUUUUGUUUCUGUUAUUUUACCUGAUGGAAGUUAGAGAGUGAUAGAAAAUAUCCGUCGAUCUUGAUGUCAUAAAUGUUAUAAAAUGACUGCAAUAAUAUAUAUAUAUAUAUAAUAAUAAAGAAGAUGUUAUUAAAAAUUUACAUUAAUAAAAAAUGAAUACAUAUGCUAUAUGUGAAAGAAAGAUUUUCACACAUUUUAAUUUUUCAAAUUAUUAAUGACAAAAUGCUAGUUAUAAAAAAAAGUUGCAAAUAAAGCAUUGAUAAACAACUCUAUGAAAGGUAAGUAAUUGAUAAUUCUUGUUAUACAUUUAUUUCUUUUCCCAUAAAAAUGGAUAGCAAUGUAGCUAAAAAAUAUGAAAUGAAAUAUUGGCACAAAAAAUAGUGGUAGAUAUCAAAAACUAUAAAGUGAACAUUACGCAAUAAAUAUGAAUGAAAUAUAUUAACAACAGAUUCUUUCCAAUUUAAGUUAACUGCAACGAAAAUUAUUAGUUAUCUUUCUAAAAUUCCAAAUUUGGAUUUAAGAAUUCGAAUAUUGUUAAGCUCUUUAUAAAAUAAUAUUUGCAGCUAAUGAGCAAUCUAAACUAAACACCAAGUCAAUGAACAUCAUAUUAUUUAAAAGUCUUCUGUUAUAAAAAUUAUUAAUUUUUAUUCUACUGCUGCCGAAUAAAAAAAAUGAAAGCUGCCAGUUUUAUAUUUAAUCCUUAAUUAGAUUCCGAUUAAACUCAAGAAAGUGAGAUUUCUCUUAAAAUUAAUUGUAAAUCCUUUUGAUGAAUAAAAAAACUGAGAUAUUAUAUUUCCAUAACUCUGCAAUCGAACGAUUUUUCGGGUCAUUAAUUAAAUAAGAUUAAUCAAUUAAUUAAGAUUAUUUAAUCUAUUGUUUUAUUACUGUAACUAUUGUUAUACAUUAUCAACUAUAUAAAGAAGCAAUAAAAUUGUAAACUAAUAAAGCAAUAAAUGUACUCAUAUUUCAAUUUCUACAAAUUCUUUUAACUAUCUUUUAUGUCAAACCGUAUGUAUAAAAGUAAAACUAUUUAUUUCAUUAGCAAGAAAAUUUAUCGCUAUUAAAAUCAGAUGAAUGUACAUUCUGGAUAUGGAGAGAAAUUAGAAUGUAUUAAAUGCUGGGCCCUUCCGAUUAGAAUGACCAAGCAAAAUGUAACAAUCAAUUUCCUUGAAAUUUCUGCACUGACUGUGAUGAUUGUUAGAUAACGAGUUCUUGACGAAGACAAAUAAUGUAUUGGUAUGAUUCGUUCGUUGAAUAUUAAGAAUACAAUUGUGAAGACGAAAGCAACGUUGAUUGAUAUAUGGUUCCAUUAUUCUCUGAAAUAUGGAUCAACACUAAGCAUUUUUAAGUAACACUUUUCUUGACUUAGAUAUUGAUUAUUUAUGUGGAAGCAAAAUCCUGUGGUGAACUAUCUGUAUAUAUGUCACAGCGAUGCAAAUAUAUUUUGUGGAUUUUCCGAAUACACAAUGGCGAUGAAGAAUCUUUUAAUAAAUGUAACCUUUACAAUAAAGACUGAAUAAAAAUAAAGUGUUGAAA